UUUAAAAUAUACAUUGAAUAAACAUAAUGAAAAAGUAUACUGAAAAGGAUUUUGAAGAGAAAGUAGAGAAAGCUGUUGAUAAAGUAUGCUAAAUAUAAUUAAUAAAUAGUAUUUAAGCAAGAAAGCACAAUAAUAAUAAUAAAAAGGAUACUUUCAUCAUAAUAAUGAAUGCAUGAUUGAUAAAUUGGUUGAAAAAGAGAGAUUGAUGACAAGCAUAGCAAACAUUUUUACAGAAGUUGCUAAAAUCACUUGUAAUGAAUUAGUGGAGCCAAUAAAGUAAUAGAUUGAUCAAUUAGAAUCAGAUUUAGCUAAGAUAAAAGAACUUGUAAUUAAAAGUUUUAAUUAAGUAAUAAAUAUUACAUAUUUACAAUAGUUUACUCCUGUUAUGAGAAGUGUUGGAGUAUCUGAAAAAGUAAUAGAGAAUGGGAAGUAGAUAGAAACAGAAGAAAUUGAUAGAGUUAGAAAAAAAUUACAAAAUCAUGAUAAUAUGAUAAGUUUAUUAAUGGAUACAUAGUAAUUACUAUUUCCUUAUUAAAUAGAGCAUAAUUGAAAUAAACAUUAUAGAUAUUUAAUACUUCUGAUGAUAUACAAUCAAGUAUAAAAAGAUGUUUAAAUUUUAGAAUUACUUUCUCAAUUCGAUGACAAAAUUUAUUAACUUAAAUAGGAAUUAAAUGAUACUAGAGUUAAUGACACUGUUAGAUAAGUUAAAGGUAUUAAUAUAUUUAUAAUUAAUAGAGAAAUGUAAUGCUUGUUGGGUAGUUCUUGGUGAUGUCAAUGAAAGAGUUGAAAAAAUGUAGAAAUACUUAGAUGAACAAACAGAAAAGAAAAAGUCUGGAGGACUCUUAUAAAAAGCUGCUUCUUAUAUCAAAGCAUCCUGAAUAUAUUAUUGUGUAU